UACAUCUCGCGAGACCGAGGUUCAAGAGCGACUCUCGGUGGGUUUGGGCUUGCGGGAAAGAUGGAAUAUCCUGCGUUGGGAACGGUGGAGGCCAAGGACGGCGGAGGGGCCCGGCCCUACAGAAGCUCGGAGGAGCGGGAGGGCCGGGAACCGGACGGGCUGCGAUUCGACCGCGAGAGGGCGUGCCGCCUGUGGGAAGCCGUUUCUGGGGCCCAACCAGUGGGGAGGGAAGAAGUGGAGCACAUGAUCCAGAAGAACCAGUGUCUCUUCACCAGCACACAAUGCAAGGUGUGCUGCGCCCUGCUUAUUUCGGAGUCCCAGAAGCUGGCUCACUACCAGAGCAAAAAACAUGCCAACAAAGUGAAGAGAUACCUAGCAAUCCAUGGAAUGGAGACAUUAAAGGGGGAGACGAAGAAGCUAGACUCAGAUCAGAAGAGCAGCAGAAGCAAAGACAAGAACCAGUGCUGCCCCACCUGUAGCAUGACCUUUUCCUCCCCUGUCGUGGCCCAGUCGCACUACCUGGGGAAGACCCACGCAAAGAACUUAAAGCUGAAGCAGCAAUCCACUAAGGUGGAAGCUCUGUCGAAACGCCUUACGAACCCUCUCCUCGUGGCCUCCUCCUUGGCCUCCUCGCACCAGAGCAGGGAGGUGAGAGACCCAGACAAGUUCUGCAGCCUCUGCCACGCAACUUUCAACGACCCUGUUAUGGCUCAGCAACACUACGUGGGCAAGAAACACAGGAAACAGGAGACCAAGCUCAAGCUCAUGGCACACUACGGGCGGCUGGCAGACCCUGCCGUCACCGACUCAGCAGCCGGGAAGGGCUACCCAUGCAAGACGUGUAAGAUCGUGCUGAACUCCAUAGAACAGUACCAAGCUCACGUCAGCGGCUUCAAACACAAGAACCAGUCACCAAAAACAGCAGUGUCACCCCUGGGCCAGAUUCCAGUACAAAGACAGCCCACACAGAAAGACUCAACUACCUUGGAAGACUAGUGUUUCUGUCCAGCACCCCAAGUUGAAGCGGCCAGGAGCCAGCCUCCCCGUGACCGUGACCAUGACCAUAGUCAGCCCUUGGCUUCCUCUUCCUCCUUUCUUACCCAGGCCUGCAACAGGAGUGGGCCACAGGCUGCCUCGAGGUGGCCCAGGCACACCCACCCCUGCCUCUGCCUGUUGGAAUGGGCCCGUAGACCAGGACAAGGGAAGCAGGGCCCAAGAGGAUGUGGGCACUCACGGGGAGGUAGUUAGAGGAUGGCCUCUCCCCUCCUCCGGCCUUCUGGGCCACGUGUCAUGAGGCUCCAGGCCUGUGUCUCCUCGGCAGGUCACGUUUGGACCAGUCCUCGCAGCUAAACCACUAGGCUCUCCGGGCUUUAGGCACCUCCGGUGAAACCUGACCCUUCUGCCCAGACCUUGGUCUAGGCAGGAAAGGGCAGAUGAACAUGGCUGCCACAUGGGAGCUUGGAACUAAUGUGAUACUCCCCCUGCCCCCAAAAGUGCAGGCUUGCUAAGCCUGGGACCAGAUGCUGGCUGCCGGCCAUUGUACAGGUUGCUUCCCACAGUGAAGUUCCUGCAGCAGUGCCACAGCCUUGGCAGGGCACUGCUGUCCCUCCUGCCCCUCCCCCACAGUUCCUGAAUGGUGCUAAGGACCUGCAGCAGUGGGGACAGGCUGGAGCUGGAGAAGGCCUCAGUACCCAGGGGGAGGAUGGAGAGCUCCAGGGCCCUUUCCCUUCACUGUCUGAGGCCCCUGACCCAGGGUCAGUUGGCAAAGCCCCCACCUGCGUGUUUGCGUGAUGGUUCUGUGCCCUCAAAGGCAGACUGCCCUGGGCCCGCAGCCCUUCAGCUUCCCAGCCCUCUCCUUGUGUGUGUGCAGCAGGCCUCCUGCCCAGGUGGUGCUAGCCUCCCCCACCAUGAGAUUCCUGGGUACCAGGGUGUGGGGUGGGGCCCCCGGGAAAGAAAGGAGGGUUGGAGCAAGUGUCAGCAGUGAGGAGUAAGAUGUUCCCUAGUCCCUUAACCUAGGUUUCUCCGAUGCUGCCGUGUUUUAUGGCCUGGGAUUCACUGGGAGUAGAUUUUUCCUUGUAUCUCUCCAGCAGGAGUCCUAGGGAGUGGCACCAUCUGAGGCCCCCUUCGUUGGGUCAAAAAAGCCCCUAGCUGCUGUCAUGGCCUUCUCCUCCCCCCACGCCCUGCCCCUCGCCUAUGAAACGCCUUCAGUGUUGUGUGUGGGUGUAUGCUUCUGCUCUGUCACGUGGUCACUGGAGCAUCUAAAUAAAGAAUUCCUCGGCCCCAGCAGGCAGCUCAGU